AUGCCCCUAUGGGGAUUAUAUACAUGGUUCUCCAGUCAUAAAGUUGUCAGGUUGGAACAGGAGUCGAACACGCUUGUGAUUCGCGGCCUGCCUUUCGUUGGAUCGAUCGACUUCGCUUUGGAUCCUUACCGUUACAUCCGCAAUCUGCGCGCAACAUUCCCGUCGUCUUGGAUCAGGUUCACAAUCUGCGGCGUGCAUAUUGUUCUUCCGGCUGGAGAUGUGGCCAAGAAGGGACCUGGGUUGCAACGCAUGUUUGUGAAAAAUCGGCAUUCUGGUUCACAUGACAGCGCCGGACCUUUCCUUCGCCAAUUCAUGCGCACAGAAGCCAUAGAGUCUCAAAUAGUACCCACCAUCAAAGCUCUUUCGGAGACGCUUGAGCAGUGGGGAGAAUCCGGAAUCAUCGAUCCGUUCGAAAUGUAUCCGAAAAUUGUCUUUAGAAUAGGCCUGCGCAUUGCGCUCGGCUCCGAAGCGGCAGAUGACGAAGAUACGGUCACCUACGCAAUGCAUGCCUUUCGAUGGCUCAACGAGAGUGCCCAGCCUCACAGUCUGCUGUUCCCGUUGAUUCCAACCCCUAGUCGGCAUCCCGAAUGGCACAUGAAGGUUAACGCCGAGAUUUCGCAGUUUGUGUCCAGGAACUGUCCCGGCUCUUCCCAUCUGACGGCCGAAGCAUUGGGCACAAUCGGUCUGAGUGCAUGGGAGUCAGAACUACCGAUCCUUGAAUCAUGUAUACAGGAAACCGUGAGGCUCGUUGCGAUCGGAGCGUUGCCACGUAGGAAUACGGGAUCGGACCUGACAGUUGAAGGCCAUACCAUUCGCAGCGGAGACUUUGUUUUGCUCAUGACAGAGGAAGCGAACCUCGACGAGGAGAUAUACGAGCAUCCGCAGGAGUUCAAGCCGGACCGCGAUCUGUCAAAAGCCGAAGCAAAGCCACUCGCGUCGUUAGGCUGGGGCUACGGCAAUUACGCUUGCCCUGGUCAGAGGUUCGCCAAGACGUUGCUGAAGGUUGGCAGCCCUAUGCGGGAGUACCCGACAUAG